AUGGGUUACCAACAGAUUACGAGAUUUUCUGAGUUGGUUAACAAGAGUAGGAUCUAUGAUGGGGAUAGCCAUGAGAAUGUUUCUCAUUACAAGUCCUUGCAUGAUAAGAAACGAAAAGGGCAAUUCCGAGGAAAGUUGUAUGAUGGUAAGAAGAAAGCCGAUGAUGGCAAGAAGUCGAGUGGGGGAGGAUCUCACACUCCUGUCAAGUGCUUCAAAUGUGGUGUUGAGGGACAUCGUGCUCCCAAGUGUCCUAAGGGCGAUGUGACUUGUUUCAAGUGUGGCAAGCAAGGUCACAAAUCUUUUGAUUGCGAAGUUGGUUCGAAUGUGACUUGCUACAACUGUGGUGAGCAAGGGCAUAUUACCAAGUGCAACAAGCCGAAGAAGGAGCAAGCCAAAGGGAAAGUGUUUGCAUUGUACGGUGCUGAUACUUCUGAUGAGGAGAGAUUUAUCUGA